CGUCGCCGUUCGCAGCACCAGACCCGGCUUGUCCUCAGCGACCGCAAAGAUGGACGAAGCCUCCUCGGAACAACCCAUAGCCCCCAUUGCAUUUAAAAAGCGCUCCGCAAAGGCCAAGUCUAGUGUGCGCAAGAAAGCUCCGUCGCCACCACCCGCUGCCGAUUCGGAUUCUGAUCUGAGCUCCUUCGAAGACGACAAUGAGGGCCGCGCCGUCAAGCGCCGGCGCAAGAAUGCCGUCAUAACAGCGUCUUCCACAUCUGCCCCGGCGAAUCGACAAGAGUCUGACGAACCGUCUGCAGCUCGUCCGCUCCCUGCCGGAAACGACGCCACUAAACACUCAAAUUGGUACGAUGAAGAGGCUGGCAACGAUGAGCUCAGCGCGAAGCACCUCCUCGGGAAGACGCGAAGCCGCCCAGGUGCCCCUGAAGGAGGACACGACGGAGUCUAUCGAGGAUCCUCAAAGUACCAAUCAUUCAUUCAGAAAAAUCCCGACGCUCCCUCAAAGCAGUUCGGCCCGAUAAAAGCACCAACCAAUAUCCGCACGGUCACCUUUACCGACUUCGCUCCCGAUGUGUGCAAGGACUACAAGCAGACAGGAUUCUGUGGGUUUGGCGACACCUGCAAGUUCCUUCAUGCCCGAGAAGACUACAAACAAGGCUGGGAGCUCGACCGUGACUGGGACAGCCAAACAAAAGGCAAGAAAAUUGUCGGUCGCACGGUGGCUUCUGCAAACAGAGAUAAGAAGCUCGACGAGGAUGGGAGCGACGACGAAGAUGAGAUGCUGGAGUCCAUUCCUUUUGCCUGCAUCAUCUGCAAGCAGCCCUACAAGAACCCUGUGACAACAAAAUGCGGCCAUUACUUCUGCGAGUCAUGUGCUUUGCAACGGUAUCGGAAGAAUCCCUCCUGUGCAGCCUGUGGUUCAGGAACGGGAGGUGUCUUCAAUGUUGCCAAGAAGUUAACCAAACUCCUCGAAAAGAAACGGGAGCGAGCGCAGAGAAAGCGGGAAAUGGCCAUUGAAGCCGGAGAAGAAGUGGGUGAAGAGGAGAGUGAAGGGUGAAUACCGCCAGAUUUACAUCAACAACUGCGCACAACAACCCCAAACAGACUGGGAAGUGUGAAGUGAACAUGCCAGCUAAAGUCUUCAAAGUAUGGAGGGACAAACCCCUAGGCCCC